UGGUUCCCGGCCACGGCCGGCAUCGGUGGCGAAUCUCUGAACACGUCCUGGGGGGCAGGGGGGGGGCCUGUAAACAUAGUGGCCGCGCCGGUGCUAGUCGCAUCUCCCCCCGUGUGUGUUCCAUGCCGGCGUUAAUAGAUGCUCGUAAACAGCACUUGCUCCAAGCGUCUGUAAAACGCGAUGCGCGUGGCUAAGGCCCCGCUUCUUGUAAAAAAAAAAAUGAAUUAUUAAGGAAUAAUGUCCAAAGCGGUAACUUUGUUUAUUUUGCUAAAUGUGUUAUUGGCGGUCGAAUUCGCAGUUGGCGCGAGUUGUGCGUUCUUGUGAAUGCUAUAUCAGCAUUGUGUCCACAAUUGCUACAGAGCUGCACACAUGCGAAAAUAAUUAGAUGACGUGGGCGCACUUGCAAAUCUCGUGAUGGUUGGGUCAUUCUUUAUAUAUAUAAAAAAAAUCUAUAAAAUGAUUCGUUUUGUAUAGCAUCGUUUCAAUGCAAAUUGCGUCUCACAACCGCUGAUGAACCACAGACGAGCUGGACGGCUGCCAUGCGGUGAGCUGGCGCCAACAAUUUGCUCUGCAGUUCUCUAUACAUUAAGAUGUUUUCGGACAAUUAGUGAGUUUAUACUCGUGGAAGAAAAUCGGAGCACCCGGAAAAAACAAAACACGUGCAUGGGGGGCGGGGGGGACAACCCUCCACCCCAUAGACAAGGGACAGAUAAUAUCAGUCCACGCUUUGCUGUUACUGCAUUCUGCUGGGUGGACAGAGGCGGUGGAAGUGUGGGAUUUUUGAAACUUGCACCGCUGUCUCAAUUGCCGCAGCCGGCAGAUGGAAUUGAACCGGAGGCCUGUGGAUUGCAAACCGGACCGCCGGGCUUUUUGAAGAGCGACCGGUGCGCCCGCUAUCGGCAGAGUCCCACCGCGUGCACCACACACCCCGCACGCGCCAUGGAGGAGGAGCUGGAGGGCGUCUCGCUGAAGGAGCGCAUCGCAGCCUACCAAGCGGCGCUGGCCGACGGCACCGCCCGCACCGACACCGCCGGCGGCACGGUGAGAGAGGCGAGUGGCGAGGCCACCGACGGCUUUUCCGAAGUCUCCCAGCAGUUCCAGCGUGAGCAUCACUCAGUGCAGCACGUGACGAGCAGCAGCAGCAGCAGCAAGGUCCACGUCGUCUCCAAGUCGGUGGAGCAGAAGGAGCAGCACGCCUCGAGCUUUGCCUCCUCGUCCCAGCUGGAGGAACAUUCGGCUUCAAAGUCUGAAGAUAAUGUUCAUACUUCAAGAUCAGUUUCCUCUGCUCACAAGGCCAAAGAUACCGAUUCACCCAGUGCCUUUGACCAUCAGGCCAAAAAACAGGCCUCCGAUGGCGACGUGGUGGAUGCAUCUAAGGUGAAGAGGUUGCACAAGAUGGAACACAAAACCGAAGCCAGUGCUUGGAAAUCGCACAGUGUCUUGCGCACAAGCGUGCAAGUCGCCACAUCUGCAGGUGCUGCGUCAUCGGUCUCCAGCCACAACGGAAGCAUGGAAACGCUUCCUCCUCCGCCCAGCGACCUCCUUCACGGCUCCCUCGACUUCCUCCCACCUCCGCCGCCUGCCCCCCAAUCCAGCAAGUCCCGGACUCCUGCGCGGACCUCGGCAGCCGCCUCCCCAGAGCCGGGCUUUCUGACGGUGCCCCAGGAGAGAGCGGCGAUGGCACCGUCGCCCGAGCCUCACGCCCGUGUCGCCUAUCGGCAGCAGCAGCAGCUGAACGAACUGCGGAGGCUCUACAAGCACAUCCACCCGGAGGUGCGCAAGAACCUGGAGCGCGAGUGCCUGCGUGACCUGGUGGGCUCCUCGCAGGGCGGCGGCGCAGCGCAGGCGGGCGACCCGCAGCAGGCACGUUGGCUUUACGAGCAGGGCCUGGCGGGGCCGAGCCCGCCGCCCCCGCCACAGGGGGACCGCGAGUGCCUGGAGUGGGACGAGAUCCUGCGUGGAGAGGUGCGCUCGAUGCGCUGGAUGUUUGAGACUCAGCCCCUGGACACGAUCCGCGAGCCCGGCACGCCCGACCCGAACGCCGGCGGCAGCGGCGGCGGCGGUGGCGGCGGCGGCGAUCCGAUUCCAUGCGGCGACGUGCGCUACACGGCGUGGAAGUUCGAGACCCAGCCGCUGGACAGCCUCGCCGUUCACUCGGCCGACAAGGCGACAAAGAUGCCCGAGCUGGCAAAGGGGGACGUGCGCACCGCCACAUGGCUCUUUGAGACGCGGACCCUGGAUGCGCUGAGCGGGGCCGAGGCCACCGAAGACGUGAGGAGCACGGUGAUGGGCGGGGACGUCAGCAUGGGCAGAUACAUGUUCGAAACUAAACCAAUUUCGUCUUUGGCCCGGUGGGAAGAGGAAGAGUCGGACUUGCUGAAGUUGAAGUCCGAGCUGGAGGAGAUUUUGGGGGGCGACGUCCGUAGAUCCGUGCAGCUGUUCGAGUCGUACCCGCUGUGCGCCAUUCGAGACAGCCAGGGCCACGUGCACCGCAUCACGUCCGUGCGCAGGGAGGAGGUGGAAGAGUGCAGCCUCGGCGUGGAAGGCUCCGUCAAGUCGGCGCGCUGGCUCUUUGAGACGAGCCCCCUGGACAGCAUCAACGCAAGCUCCUCGGAGCUGCGGAUCGUGCGGGGUAUCUCCAUGGAGGACGAGCAGAAGGGCGGCGUGGGCAGAGCCCGGUGGCUUUUCGAGAACCAGUCGCUGGACACGAUCAACGAGGACACGGAGGGUGGGGAAUAUACGAAGGUGCAGAAGGAGGUGAUCGAGGGCUCUGAUGUGAAGCGACACCGCUGGCUGUUCGAGACCCACACAAUGGACACUCUGAAAGAUAAUGCCGAUGAGGAUCGGCAGCAGAAGGAGGAGGUCAUUGGAGGCGAUGUCAAGUCCUCCCUUUGGCUGUUUGAGACCAGGCCCAUGGAUUCGUUUGGUACUUUAAUGGAGGUGGGAAAGUUGAAAACCGUAGAGGCCUCGGCCGACGAGAGAGGCGAUGUUCGACACGCAAAGUGGGUGUUCGAGUCGAAGCCGCUCGACCUGAUACAAGAGGAGCAAAAGGAGAUUGUGAAAACGGUGCAGCGCAGCGGCAGCGAGAGGGGGGAGGUGAAGUCCGUUAAAGAGGUGUUCGAGACCGUUCCUUUGGGAUCAAUCCAGGACACCGAGAAGAUCACCGAGUCUGCAGGCAUAAUAGGAGGGGAUGUUAAGACAACGAAAUCUCUGUUCGAGUCCGUUCCGCUCUAUGCCAUCCGGGACAGCUCUGGCUAUUACCACCAGGUUCAGACCGUGAGGAGGGAGGAGGUUUCAAGCGGAGAUGUGAAGAGCUGCCGCUGGAUGUUUGAGACCAAACCUUUAGACCAGUUUGACGAGGAGAGCCUUCAGAAAAUCCAAAUCAUAAAGGGCAUUUCAAAGGAGGAGCUGCAGGCGGGUGACGUGAAGACAGCGAAGUGGCUAUUUGAGACGCACCCCCUGGACACGAUAAAAAACGCAGAUGAAGAGAGCGUCACCCAGCAGCGCACGGAGGUUCACCGAGGCGACGUCAAGAUGUGUCGCUGGCUCUUCGAAACUCGACCCAUGGACGCGCUGUAUGAAAAGGUAGAAAAGCGAGAGGGCGAAGAGGAGGUUAUGAAGGGCGACGUGAAGACGUGCACGUGGCUCUUCGAGAACCAGCCGCUGGACACGCUCGUAGCGGACGGCGCUGCACACAAGCUGCAGGUGCGCUCGCUCAGGCAGGAGGACGUGGAGGGCAGUGACGUGCGCACGCGGAGGAUCCUCUUCGAGACCGAGCGCCUCGACAGCAUCCGCGGCGGCUUCGAGGAAGGGCAGGACGUGAGGCGCAUCACCAACAUCGACGUGCAGUCGGGCGACGUUUCGCGCGUCAAGUGGCGGUUCGAGAACCACCCCCUCGACACCAUCGUCGGGGAGUCUACGGGACAGAAGUUGAAGACGGUGCAGGCGGAGGACAUCGAGAGAGGUGAUGUGAACAAGUACACGUCCUUGUUUGAAACGCAACCCAUCGGAGCGAUCGGGGAAGAUCCGGACGCGGUGAAGCUGAGGAGGACCGUCACCGACGUACAAGGGGGCAACGUCCACAUGUGCUCGUGGCUCUUCGAGAAUAGGCCGAUGGGGACCAUAGGCGAGGACCCAGAGGCGGCGCAGCUGGUCGGCACGAUCUCCGACGUUGUGGGUGGUGACGUCAAGAGCGGGCGAGUUGUGUUCGAGACUCGGUCGCUUGAUCAGAUCCGGGGUGACGGGUCAGACGUGUCCGACGCGACGAAGGAGGAAGUCAUCGGGGGAGACGUGAAGUCGUUCACCAUGCUAUUCGAAACGCAGCCCCUCUACGCCAUUCAGGACCGCGAGGGUUACUUCCACGAAGUGGUGACGGUCAAGAAGGAGGAGGUGAUGCGCGCGGAUGUGAGCAGCGCGCGCUGGCUGUUUGAGACGCGGCCGCUGGACGCCAUUGGCGCGGGUCAGGAGGUGCACGUGAUCCGUGCGGUCACCCAGGAGGACGUUCAGAGUGGGGAUGUGCAAACUGCCCGGUGGCGCUUUGAAACCCAGCCGCUCGAUACGAUCGCCGAGGACGGGAAAGUGUUGAUCAGAACGGUGGACGACGUGCAGGGUGGCAAUGUGCAGUCAAACGCACAGCUGUUUGAGUCGGAAGGUGUCGAUCGUCGGAAGUUCGUGAGAACGGUCAGUGUCAGCGAUGUGCAGAGAGGGGACGUCCGGACAUCUCGCUGGCUUUUUGAGACGAAGAAUAUUGACGAAAUCGGGGAAAGCGCUUCUGAGAAGCUGGACUUCACCAAAGUUAUAAGAGAAGAUGUGAAAAGUGGCGAUUUGAAAAAUUCUCUCUGGCUGUUCGAAAAUCAUCCCCUGGACAAGAUAAAGGAACAAGAUGAAGAGACUACUGUCCGGGCAGAAGAGAUCCAGGGUGGCGAUGUGAAAACCACGACCUGGCUGUUUGAGCGCACCCCAUUGCACAGGCUCGGUGACUCGGGCACGUACGUUGAAAAGCCGGAAAUAGUCGGCAAGAACAUUCGAGAGACCCUGCGGUCGUUGAUUGACUGCAACGUGGUGGAUUCUUCUCGCGGAAUUUUGCUCGAGUCAAGUGACGUGGGCAACGUCCGAAUGGCCAUGUAUAACCUAAUGAACCCAGAGGCUCAGCCCCAAAUUCAGAAGGAUGAAAUAAUUCGUGGGGAUAUGCAUAGCAUUUUGCAGCAGCUGCUCUCCAAGAAGCGAGAGGACCACCAGAGCAUUGUGAUUGAUUCGGAGGAGAGGGGAAAUCUUCGGCAAACCUUAGAGAGGCUGAUGCACCAGUCCUCCGAAGCCAGCACCGAGCGUGAAGAAGUAAUCCGAGGAGACAUCCGCCAAGCAAUUGAUCAACUUUUCAGUCAAAGCGAUGCAUCUGGACUGAGGAGAGGCAUCCUUAUUCAAGAGGGCGAAACGGGCAACGUCAAGAUGACCAUAUAUUCCCUGCUGAACAGAGAAGAGGAUUCCAGUCGCAGGGAAGAAGACGUGGUGGCUGGAAAUGUCAGGGGGGCGAUAAACAGCCUCAUGACCUCGGCCCAGAGUGACUCUCGCCAUCAGCAAGUGCAGCAGGACGAAAUACAGGGAGGAAACGUUCAGUUCUUCACAACCUGCAUUGAAAGCGGGGCAUUAGAUUACCUGAAGCUCCUACAGAAGCAAGGCGCAGAGGAGGACGACGACGAAUCCACUCGCCGAGCGCAGGAAAUCGACAUCGUUCCUGGAGACGUCCAGAAAACCAAGCAGCUGCUGGAGCUGAGCGCCCAACAAGCUAUGGUUGUCGAAAAAGAAGAGGUGACCAGGGGAGAUCUUCAGGCAACGCUGCGAUCACUCGAGGAUGCUGUCAAUGCCAAGACCUCGGUGGUCAGGGAGGAUGUGAUGAGAGCCGAUCUCCGUGCCACGCUGCAGUCUCUGCAGGAAGCCGUGAACACCAAGGUCGAGGUCGCAAAGGAGGACAUCGUCAGAGGAGACCUGAGGGCCACUUUGCAGUCCCUGGAGGAGGCUCUGAAUGCAAAGGUGGAGUCUGCGAAGGAGGACGUGGUGAGAGGCGACCUUCGGGGAGCCUUGAGGUCACUGCAGGAAGCCCAGCUGGCGGUGAGGGAAAUCAGCAGAGAGGAGGUGGUCAAGGGAGACAUCCACGCCACGCUGAAGUCCCUGCAAGAAUCCAUCGACUCCAAGGAGGAAGUGAUUCGUGAAGAGGUGGUCAGAGGCAGCAUUCGAGAUGCGCUGGCAUCGCUGCAGGAGGCGGUGAAUUCCAAGACGGAAAUGGCGGAGAGGGAGGAGGUGGUUAGGGCAGACUUGCGCACAAUUGUGCGGUCUCUGGAGGAGUCCCUCAACUCACAAGUUCAGCUCGCCAAGGAGGAAGUGGUGAGGGGGGACGUUCACGCCGCCCUCCGUUCGCUGGAAGAGGCGCAGAAGGCAGUGAGGACGACGGUCAGGGAAGACAUGGUGCGAGGGGAUGUCAAGACUGUGCUCCAGUCGCUGGAACGUGCCGUCAAUGCCAAGGUGGAGAGCGUGCGGGAGGAGGUUGUGCGGGGCGAUCUUCAGGCUGCAAUAAGGUCGCUGGAGGAGGCUCAGAACGCGCAGGUCGCCGUCGAAAAGGACGAAGUGGUGAAGGGGGACAUUAGGUCCAUUUUGAGGUCGCUACAAAAUGCCAUCACUGCCAAGAGUGAGAUUGCGAGGGAGGAAGCGACAAAAGGAGACAUUAAGCAGGCGAUACGCUCACUGGGAGAAGCAAUUAAUGCUAAAAUAGAGAUGGUGAAAGAGGAUGUGGUGAAUGGAGAUGUCCGGGCUGCUCUGCAGUCACUGGAAGAGGCCAAGAAUGUGGUGAGAAUGACCGCGAGAGAGAACAUAGUGAGGGGCGACCUGAGGAAAGUGCUCCAGUCGCUCGAAGACGCCGUGAACGCCAAGGUGGAAAUGAUUCGAGAAGACGUGGUGCGGGGAGAUCUCCGGACGGCGCUGAGGUCUCUGGAGGAAUCACAGCGUUCACAGAGCGUGGUCGAGAGGGAGGAAGUGGUGAGAGGAGACAUCAGGAGUAUCCUAAGGUCUCUCAACGAGGCCGUUAACUUGAAAACGGACGUGAUGCGAGAAGACGUCGUCAGGGGCGACAUCCAGAUGGCGAUCCGGUCAUUAGAGGAAGCGAUUAAUGCUAAGAUAAUGAUGGUUAGAGAGGAUGUUGUAAGAGGGGACCUCCCCACUGCCCUCCGUUCACUGGAGGAGGCUGUGAACGCGAAGAUAGAAGUCGUUCGGGAGGAGGUCAUCCGCGGAGACCUUCAAGCCGCACUGAGGUCUUUAAACGAGGCCAAAAAUGCGGUCUCAGCCAAGGAAGAAAAAGACAUAGUCCGUGCAGAUCUCCAGACAACUCUGCGGUCAUUGCAAGACUGGCAGAAAGGCAGCGUAAAGGAGAGCGAUAGAGAGGACGUUGUCAGAGCUGAUCUGCAGGCGACUUUGAGGUCUUUGGAAGAAGCGCAGCAGGCUGUGAAGGUCGCCGAGAAAGAAGAGGCGGUGAGAGGGAACUUGAAAGCAGCAUUGCAAGGUUUAGAGGAGUCGAAGAAAGCGGUCCGAGAGACUCAGAGAGAAGAGGUGGUCAGAGCGAACAUUAAGGCCGCGAAAAAGAGGUUGAUCCAGUCGCAGAAGAAAGACAUAAAAAGGCAGGUAGAUAUGGAGGAAGAAAUUCAGAAUAUCCAAAAGCAGGCUUCGCUUGAGCAGACUGAUCAGAGUGACCACGAAAUAUUUCAAAAGGUCGUUCAGAAAGAACAACCUACUUCCACAAUCAAUGUAGAUCUGAUCACUGACACCCCUAACACAAAAUUGAGCGAGCAAGUUGAAGAAACGAAGCAUAUUACAAAAGAAGAGGAUGCCCUCGUGAAAGGAGUGAAGCCCAAAUCUCACCAUUAUCACAGCCAAAGUGCAUCGCGGAAGGUGGGAAAAAGCUACGAAACGAUCUCCACGGAAGAAUCUGCUCGUCACACUCAACAGCAAACCACUCACAAGAGAGAUGAAAUGAGCCGACAGGUAGAAGUGCAAAUCAAGAAACAGGAGGCGGAUCAAACGGACAGAUCCGCUGGUAACAUAAAGGCUGAGAAGUCAGUGCUGGGAGAUGAAAAGGCCAAAAGCCACCUGGUCGGACUUUCUCCAUCACAAAGCAAAGUGCAAGUGAUUAAAGUUAAAAAGAUCCAACCGUUGACCACUGACACGAAUAUUGCGGCAAAGCAGAACACAAAAUCUGAAGUCGAUCAGCGGUCAUCCAUCCAGGGAAUCGCAAGUUCCAGCCAACAGCAAAUGAUUCGAGAGAGCGUUGUUAAGGAAAGCCGUAGGGUUAUGAACGUGUCCGAGGAGAGCACGGUCAAUGUGAGCCGCAAGGAAUCCAAGACAUCCCACAAAGAUGCACACAAGGGGACAGAGGAAUGCGUGUCGCAGCAGGUCUCCGGCACAUUGUCCUCCUCCGAGCUUCAGCAUAAGAGCAAGGCGAACAUUUUAGGCAAAGAUGUGAAACAAAAAACCACUGUGACCCUGCCAUUUGGCUACAAAAAGAAGGCCGUGGAGCUGAGCCUGCUGCCUCCGCCACCGCUUCCUCGGCCGGUCCCCUUGGCCGAGGAUGAACUGCCACUUCCGCCACCACCGCCCCCCAUGGAAGUGGAUAUUGACUGCCCUCUGCCGCUGCCUCCGUCUGCAGCCGAGGCCCUUCCGGACGACUUGCCUCUGCCUCCUCCGCCCCCGGCUUUAGUUCCGCAGGCUGCCCCCGUUACCGCCCAGCUAUCCAAUACCAAGACGCAGGCGAGUCGUGCAGCUAAGAGUUCAUUCAAGGUGAAGACGAUGAACCUCUCCACUCCACCGCCCUCCCCGUAUGGGCCAAUACCGUUCAAGAAGAAGAACUUCCCGUCCACUCCUGCGUCUCCCUCGACGACUGCCGUGACAUCAUCGUCGUUGAUGUCAUCAUCGGUUACGAUAAUACCCUUGACAACGCAGGUCACUGAUGUAACAAAAGUGAAGAUUUCUCCAAAACGUGCCGACGCCAAGACCGAUGUGAAGACGGCGACGUCGCUGUCGACUUCGUCGUCGUCCCAGCGACAGAGAAGCUCGACGACGAGCGAGAUGCUGGUGCAGACGCGCACGGACACCGAACGAACGCAGAGCGAGCACGCACAGGUGACGCAAACUGGGAGCGCGCGUGGGGAGUCUAAACAAAAGCAGAGCGGGCAGGUGACGCAAACUGGGAGCGCGCAUGGGGUGUCUAAACAAAAGCAGAGCGGGCAGGUGACGCAAACUGGGAGCGCGCGUGGGGUGUCUAAACAAAAGCAGAGCGCGCAGGUGACGCAAAUGGGGAGUGCGCACGUGGAGUCGACACAAAAGCAGAGCGCGCAGGUGACGCAAAUGGGGAGCGUGCACGUGGAGUCGACACAGAAGCAGAGCGCGCAGGUGACGCAAAUGGGGAGUGCGCACGCUGGUGCCGUCGCCUUGGCGAGUGAAGAGCAUUGGGCACGGCCCAGGGUGGCGAUUCCGCAGGCCGAACCGAGAAAGCCAAAUACUCCCACGCAUGGCAGCGUUCCGGUGACCAUCGCCAUUCCCACGUCUCCCCUGCCGAGACCGAAGAGCGCCAAUCGAGGCUUCAAGACGCCCUUAAUGAUCGCGGAGGAGAACUUCAGGAAGCAGCAGCUGGAAAAGGGAAAGUCCGUGAGCGCCUCCCCUCCGAACUCGUUCUUCGCUGAUGUGAUGAGCGAGCAACAAGGACAAAUGGUCAUCGUCGCACCGCUUGACCAAGACGCGUUGGCCGCUUUCGACGUGUCGUCCGUUUCCAACGCGACGGCGAGCAAGGCCACCGUGAUGAAGAAAGAGGCGGCGAAGAAUAUUUCGCAGAUACUGAGCCAGCACAUGGGCGAACCGAAGGUCAAAGGUGUGACCGAGGACCGGAAACCAAACGUAAUUGAGACUCACCCAGUGCCUGAGGCAACUCAAAAACAGGAGAAAUCCCACGUUACUUCCACGAGGAAGGUUACUCUGCACAAGAAAGAAGAGGGUCAGCAGAACAUUGAGAACAAGCCAAAAUCUACGGAUAAGCAGGAUGAACUUCGCAAGCUUUACCACUUGUCGGAGACCGGGAAACAGCCCCUGCAGCACCAGGUGCAGAUCUCCUCGGGCGCGGCUCAACAGCUGCACCAGCAGCAGAUGGCGUCGUCGUCGUCAUCGUCGUCAUCCCAUCGCGUCAUGACGGAACGGCACCACGAGGAGGAGCGUGUCCAAACGUCGCGGCAGUUCUCCUCCAAGACGACGACGCAGACCAAUAUCAAACAGCAGCAGCAGCAGCAGCAGUGGACGGAGCACGGCCAGGAUGGAUUCAAUAACCGAAUGACUCCGGAGCAACUUGGCACAUUCGAGAAAAAAUCUGUCCCUGGCGGGGAGCCUCGAGAAGUUCCAGUCUCAACCAAAAGAGGUCUGCACGGGCUGUCAAAAGACAGUCUAUCCCAUGGACCGGCUGGUGGCCGACACAAGGGUCUACCAUAGGCUCUGCUUCCGCUGCUACCACUGUUCAACCUCGUUGAGCCUCUGUAGCUAUGCAUCUCUCCAUGGAAACGUUUACUGCAAGCCGCAUUUUCAACAACUCUUCAAGGCCAAGGGAAAUUACGACGAGGGCUUUGGCCGCAAGCCACACAAGGAUCUCUGGGCCCAAAAGGAGACCCCCGGCAAAUUCGCAUCCUCCGAUUCGUACUCCGGCGACGCGGCCGGCGAGGAUGAUCCCCCGCGU